AUGCUACUUAGGCCGUGGAUCCCAGGAAAGCAUCCUUUUGCGUCGAACCAGAGUUCUCCGGCCGAGGCUUCCCCUCCGACGACAUCCCCGCCAGCCCCGCCAUCCACGCGCGUCGCCGGCGCCACCAGGACGCGCUGCAGUCGCCCAGACCCAGAGCGGGCAGAGCCGGCGCGACUUCUGCCUCCUGGGAUCGCCGCCGCCAGGGACCUCAUAGGCGACCUCCCUCGUGACCGCCGGCACCUCUGCGUCCGGCCAGAGUGGCCGCCGCCGCCGCUCCUACUGUUUGCGGCUAGCCCGAGCGAGAUCUGGCCGUGGUUGGCCAGAUCUCUCUCCCCCGCGUCGCCGCUGUCUAGGAUCGGCCAGGCCGCCUCCCGCCGGCCUCCGACGACCGCUCGCCGUGGCCCGGAGCUCCCCCAGCCGUUUCCGUGGCCUUCGGCCGCCGCUCCCUCUCUCUGCGGCCGCGCAUGGACUGUGCAGGCUGAGCCACGCCCAGCACCGCCGCCGCCGCCUUCCGCCGCCGGCCGGCGUGGGCAUCGGCUCCGCCUGGCCGGCCACACCCGUCCGCCGCCGGCCUCCCUGUCGCCGGAGCUCUCUGUUGGCCGGUUCUGGGCCGACCUCACCUCGGGUUAG